UAGUAGUUUUGUAUAUAGGUUUUACAUCUGAAGUAUAUAACCGGAUUUCAACUAAUUUGACGAUCAUUUUGAUUUUAACACUUUAACAACACAUGUUCUGACUGUAACUUGAAAUGGGUUGUGGGACAUCAUCACAGGCGGUUCAUCCUGCAGGUGUUGAACAUGAUAGACCAAGUGAUAAUGAACAACUAAAAAGCUGUUUGAAAAAGGCACUAGGGGAGAAAAAGAUUGCUCUACUUGAACUAGGCAACAGAGACAAUGAUUGGAUGAAAGAUGCCAAAUGUAAUGACAAACAAAUCGUCAUGGUUGACUGCAAAGCUUUGUAUGAAGAACAGAUGAAGAAACCAAAAGCGAAACAAAUUCAACCAGAUUUGUCUGACCAGGGCGAUAUUGAAGAUAGAUUACAAAAGUUACAAAUGAUAGUUGGGAGUUCUCCAUCUUUACAAAUAGAGACGUUUGAAAACUGGGGAGAGACACAAGCUAUUCAAGUUAUUUCUUCCUCUCCAACUACAGAAAAGGAACUGAAGAAGUUAGUGUUAGCAGCAUCUGAACAAGGAUUGCGUGUAAGGUGUGCUGGAACUGGACACAGCUGGGCACCAAUUUUUGCAGACAGCAAACAAUUACUUAUUUAUGUAAAAGAUAUGAAAAGCGACUACAAGGAUGGAUCAAGAAUAAGAAUAUCUAGUCGAAAAAAACUUGAAGUGGACAUCAUGACCGGAGUGACAACUGGAGACUUUAAGAAGUUCCAACUAAAAAACAAACUGCAUAUUCCUGCUAAUGUAAUUUUAGAUGUUGUUCAGAUGGUCAGUGUUGUAGCAACUGGUUGUCAUGGCGUAGGAAAGGAUGCAAACACACCAAGUGACAAUGUUGUGAAAAUGCGCAUAAUCGGAAGUGACGGAAAACUACGCACCUAUGCAUCUGACGACAAAGAAAUGAUGGGGGCAAUAAGUGCAAACUUUGGAUGUUUUGGAGUUAUAUUUGAUAUGACAAUAAAACUAAUUCCCGAAGUUAUCGUCAAAGUAGAAAAUCGAUACAUGGAUCUAGAUGAUUUAUUUUUCAAUGCAGAAAAUAUACAAAAAAUAUUUGAGGAAAACUGGUCAAUUGAGAUUUUUUGGUUUCCCUACAACUCACUGAGUUUGUUUGAUUAUAAUCCAAAAAAUGAUGAUGUUUGGAUCCGUGUUAUUAACAAAGAAACGAAUAAAGUUAAAACUGCCACUGAAACCUACUACGACUGGAAAGAAGUGAAAGAUUAUCUUACACAAGAAGCCAUGGCGAUCAUGUCACCAAUCAUAGCAGGAAACCCUUCAUUGACUCCAUUGUACGCAUGGUCAACGUUUGGUGCGAUAAAGAACAUCAUUUACCCGAGCGGUACCCAAUAUCAGGAACUUCCACAUGCUGUUCAUUUUAGACAAUACAUCGAGAAAGCUCCUGUAUAUGACAUGGAAUUUGCCUUCGAUUUAAAGGGAGAUUUUCAUCGACUCUUGAAGAUAAUUCAAGUAGUAGUGAACAAAGUGGAUCAUUACGAGGAAAAAGAUGAGUAUCCAUUGAACAUUGCUCUGGAAAUGCGCAUGAUGGGUUAUAGUGAUACUCUUCUGUGUCCUGGUAUAAUCGGAAAUCCUGCCUAUGGCGGAUCUGGUCACGUGGUCUAUAUAGAAAUUUUAAGUCUCGUCGACACUAAAGGAUGGGAAAAGUUUUGUAUUGAUGUAGCAAAAGAAUGGAUGGCUUUAGAUGGUGUUCCACAUCUAGCUAAGCAAUGGGAUUUUAUUCCCGAUGUUGAGGACCAUAUUUACAAACAUAUGGGACAACAUAUCGAAGCAUUCAAGGAGCAACUGACGAAGUCUGGCGCUGAUCCAAAUGGAAUGUUUCUCAAUAAAAGCAUCCGAAAACUGUUACGAUUAUAACAUGAUGACAAAUUGUUCGGAAUAAGCAAGUUGUGAUAUCUGUGAAGUAUCCGUCCAAUUACUAUAGCUCAAAUUGUGUUUGUUAUUAUGAAUACAUUCAUGAAUAAAUGAAAAAAAAAGAAUUUUCAUUUUGGAAAGUUAUCUUUAUAGAGGUGACUCGAUAGCGUGUUUUACUUAAGCAUGUUUU